AUGGAAGAAGAACCACAAUCAUCAUUAUCACAACUCAUAGUUUCUCUAGAACAAGCCACUUUCAUGGCAAAACAACUAUCAUCAUCGUCAUCAAAUUCAACAAACCCAAUUCAUCUCAAUCAAAUCCACACUUCCCUACACCAAGCCCACCAUCAACUCACAGCUUUCCUCUCCACCCUUCAACCUCCUCCGGCGGCAGAAAACUCUGUCUCCUCCGCCAACGGUGCAGCUCCUAUGCAGCUAGGUGAUGACGGAGACAACGAUGAUGAUGAUGAAGAGACAUCAAAGUGCACAGUUGACAAAGUCGAGGAGAAAUUACGAGAAUGCUUCAUAAAAAAUAAGCGACCAAAACGGCCCCUGUCACCGUCUGUGGUGGCACAAGGGGACAACAGGCGACUUUCCGAUGAUGGGUUUGUUAAGGAUUAUGAUCCACAUUCUUACAAGAUGAAGAAGGCAUUGGACCUUGUGUACCAGUUUCAUGGCUGA